AUGAAAGAAGGUGAAACUAUUCAUGAGAUGUUCACUAAAUUGUCAUCCAUCACAAAUGAGUUGAGAAGCCUUGGAGAACCUAUCAGUAUGAGCAAGCAAGUUAGGAAAGUGCUUCGAAUCCUUCCCAAGUCUUGGGAAAGUAAGGUUGAUGCUAUUACUGAAGCAAAAGAUCUGAAAGUGUUAACAAUGGAUGCUCUCAUUGGAAAUCUAAAGACUCAUGAGAUGAAUCGUAAUCAUGAUCAGUCAAAGAAGGAAGUCAAAACGGAUAAGUCUUUGAUGCUAAAAUACAAAUAUGAAAAGGACUCCAGUGAUGAUGAUAUGGCUUAUCUCAUCAAUAGAUUUCAAAAGAUUGUGAGAAAGAACAAAGGUUUUAAAAGGGGAGCAAAUGGUCCUCGAACUGCCACUCAAAAUGAUACAUGUUACAAGUGUGGAAAAGCUGGGCACUUUAUAAGAGAGUGUCCUUUACUCAAGGCUGAAACAAAGAAUAUCAAAAAUCAAGAGGCUCUUGCUGAAUGGGGAGACUCCUCAAAUGUCUCAGAAGAUACCGAUGAACCAAAUGAUGUGUCAAUUGUGGUGGUUCAUGAAGAGGAAACCAUAUUCAAUGAGAUGUUUGCUUUCAUGACUCAUUCAGAAAAUGAAGAAGAGGAGGACAAGUUGCAUCAGAUAAAUGAAGAAGUUGAAAAGCAAAAUGGAAGGUCAAAUGGUUUACAAGUUGAAAUUGAAGAAAAAUUGAAAACCUCUGAGAAAAAUCUUGGGUUGGCUUUGGAGAAGAGCAACAACUUAGAAAGAGAUGUUGUCAAACUUAAGGAAAAACUUGAAAAAUCUCUUAUGUGGACAAAAUCUUCUAAGCUACUGUCGAGUGUGAGUGAGAGGAGCAGCAGUCAAUGUUGGUAUAUGGACAAUGGAUGCUCAAAACAUAUGACUGGUGAUAUCAAAAAUUUCCUCUCACUCAAGACACUUCAGGGAGGAGGUGACUCUUUUUGUGAUGGAAAGAAGGGGUAUAUUUUGGGAGUUGGUAAAGUGGGAAAAUCUCUUGGAGAAUCAAUUGAUAAUGUGUAUCAUGUCGGUGGAUUGAAGUAA